AUGGAGCUGAUGUAAUCAACUUACCCACUUCCCGAAAUUGCUGGUCUUGUUCCAAAAUUUAAAAUCAAUAUUUAGUUACAUAUGCAUUCAAACCCCAUCAAAGUCAACACAGCCUUUUAUCUUUCCAGGUUGAUAAAAUAAAACCAGUCAAAUAAUGGAUUUGAUUUAAUCAACUGUUCUCUGCUAGCAAAAUAUGUAGCUUUAUGCCGCCUGUUAGGAAACAUUAUUAUUAGGAUGAUGGCAUGUCACAUUACUUCAUUUAUGUCCCCAAUUUUGUAAGUUCAUGAGCCUUUUCAAGGAAUAUAAAUCUACAGGCUUCAGUCUACUUGGUUGAUAAAAAUGCAUUUUAUUCUCUGUUCCCUGGGUUAAGUGGUAACAGGUAGCUGUAACUGUAAAUUUGCUCCAACACAAAACAAAAAUUUAACAUCUUGGCUAUAUGUUAACACAGAACAAUGGAAAUAAAACUGUCAUAAAAAUAGAAUUCUGAGAGGAUAGCUGCUUUAUUUGUGUGAAAGAUAUAAUCAUUAAACCAAUGAUGACGGUAAUAAUUUCUUGAUAUUUUAUUUGUAGACUCUGAAAACAUUAUCUAACAUGUACCUUGCUAUUCCAAUGAGUGGUGAUAAUCCAUGGGUGUUGAGCAAGGAGCAUGUUGUUGUGGCUUUUAGACUGAGGGGUGUUGAAGUAGCUGAAGAAGUCAUCACUCUGCCUGAUAAAAUAAUUACAGAACCUGAGGAAAUAGAUAUACAAUUGAAAAUGAAUGGUAAAGAAGAGGUGACGGUGAAAUGCCUCAUUAUUUUGAAACAUAAAGAUCCUUCGAAAGACGUUAUUCCUACCAACUUACCAACCACGUUAAAAAGACAAAAGGAGCACAGACAAAUAGGGAAUGAUUAAAGUUGCUAUAUCUCUUAUUAUAAAAGGCAGAUUUUAUCUGCCUCCCUUUGUCAGUUAUAGAAAUCUACAAUAUAGGAUUUCUUCAAUUACAAUUUACCUAGCAUUUUAAGAGUAGAAUGCAUCGGGUCAUGCC